UUCACCAAAUCAGUUGCGACUGCCAGACAGGCUUCAUCCUUGCCAAAUUUACUUGUUUCUAUCAUAACCAUGGAGCCACCUAUGCCAGCCGCCUCGGCGGAUCUGGCCACAACAUGGGCAUUCCUCGAGGAGGGUGUAGAUCAUAUCAUGACCAAACUUCAAACAGGCGUAUCGUAUUCCAAGUAUAUGUCUCUCUACACCGUGGCCUAUAACUACUGUACAUCAUCAAAAAUCAACAAUACGAGCUCUGAUUCUGGCAUCGGUGGUCUCAGCAAUCGCACGGGGGCCAAUCUAAUGGGCUCUGACCUUUACAAUCAUCUUAUCCGAUAUUUUGUUGUUCACCUCAAGAACUUGCGUGAGCAAAGCGAAGCACUCCAAGAGGAAAAUCUGCUCCGUUAUUACGCACAGGAAUGGGAUCGUUAUACUACCGGCGCUAACUACAUCAAUCGUUUGUUCACGUAUCUUAAUCGGCAUUGGGUGAAGCGCGAGAGAGAUGAAGGUCGAAAGAAUGUAUAUCCGGUUUACACACUAGCGCUCGUGCAAUGGAGGAACAACUUAUUCGUUCCUAUUCAACAGAAACACACCAAAUUGGCCGGUGCUGUUCUCCGUUUGAUCGAACAGCAGAGAAACGGCGAAACGAUUGACCAAGGCCUGGUCAAGAAGGUCGUGGACUCGUUCGUAUCACUAGGCCUCGAUGAGACUGAUACGAACAAAGCGUGCCUAGAUGUUUACAGAGAACAUUUCGAGGGCCCUUUCAUUACCGCCACAGAAAAGUUUUACAAACAAGAAUCAGAGUCAUUUCUCGCAGAACACAGCGUUUCGGAGUACCUGAAGAAGGCAGAGGAACGCUUGAAAGAGGAGGAAGACCGCGUAGAUCGGUAUCUGAACACUCAAACACGAAAGGCUCUGAUCGGUAAAUGCGAACACGUCCUUAUACGCGAACACGCCCCAUUGAUGUGGGACAGCUUUGAAAACCUACUGGACUUUGACAAGGAUGAAGAUCUCCAGCGGAUGUAUGCCCUGCUAUCACGUAUACCAGAGGGUCUCGAUCCUCUACGGAAGCGCUUUGAGGAGCAUGUGAAGAAAGCUGGUCUGCUAGCUGUUUCCAAGUUAGCGGGAGAGGGCACCACGGAGGAAGCAUUAGAUCCGAAAGCCUAUGUUGACGCUCUGUUAGAAGUUCAUCAGAAGAACUCAGAGACGGUCACACGCAGCUUCAGAGGAGAAGCGGGUUUCGUCGCGAGUUUAGAUAAGGCUUGCAGAGAUUUUGCCAACCGCAACGCGGCGACCGGCAACUCCAACACCAAGUCACCGGAGCUUCUUGCCAAACAUGCAGAUCUCUUAUUACGCAAAAACAACAAACUAGCUGAAGAAGGUGAUCUCGAGGGUGCUUUAAAUCGCGUUAUGAUUCUGUUCAAAUACAUCGAGGACAAGGACGUCUUCCAAACAUUUUACACGACGAAAUUGUCCAAACGUCUUAUUCAUGGGGUGUCUGCGUCAGACGAGAGUGAGGCUAGCAUGAUAUCCAAGUUAAAGGAAGCUUGUGGUUUCGAAUACACCAAUAAAUUGCAGCGAAUGUUCACAGAUAUGAGCCUAAGCAAGGAUCUCACUGACUCUUUCAAAGAACGGAUGCAACAAAAUCAUGAUGAUAUGGACAUGACCUUCAGCGUGAUGGUACUAGGGACGAAUUUCUGGCCACUUAAUCCCCCUAGUCAUGAAUUUGUCAUUCCAGCAGAGAUUCUGCCCACGUACGACCGCUUCCAGAAAUACUAUCAGCAAAAGCAUUCCGGGCGGAAGCUAACUUGGUUGUGGAACUACUGCAAGAACGAAUUGCGGACAAACUAUCUGAACCAAAAGUACAUCUUAAUGACAAGCUCAUAUCAAAUGGCUGUGUUGGUACAGUACAAUAAGAACGAUACGCUGUCACUAGAGGAACUCAUAGCCGCGACGUCUAUUCCGAAGGAGCUGAUGACACAGAUCCUAGCGGUUUUCGUGAAGGCAAAAGUCUUGAUAAAUGAAGAGACUGAUCAAUAUGACUUGAAUCCUGGCUUCAAGUCCAAGAAGAUCCGUGUCAAUCUUAAUCAGCCAAUCAAGGCUGAGGUGAAGACUGAGACGGCUGACGUCCUUAAAGCUGUCGAUGAAGACCGGAAAUUCGUCAUCCAGGCUACUAUUGUUCGAAUCAUGAAAGCUCGCAAAACGAUGAAAAACCAAUCGCUUGUUCAGGAAGUAAUCUCACAGAUUUCCCAACGUUUCGCACCAAAGAUCCCUGACAUCAAGAAGGCAAUCGACACACUCCUCGAAAAGGAUUAUAUCGAGCGUGUUGAGGGUCAACGAGAUACGUUCGCCUACGUUGCAUGAAUUCUCUGUAAUUUCUAUUAUUCGCAUUCGUUACAUCUUCAUCUUCUGUAUCAUUAAUGCAAUGUUUCAUAGUUAUUUCCCCUCUACGAUGUUUGGUGUAGCCCUUGAAUCGGAUGGUGAUUGGUGGCACGAGCGAGUGCAUCUGACUAGAGUAAAUACUCCGGAUAGCGAUGAAGCCGUAAUCCAGCGAUUGGUUGGGAAAAGUGUGUUUUCAAUAUUGAAAUAUUGCUAUUUCUCCGAGUUUCACAGCUUCUCUCUGGAUGUCAUAUACUGGUGUACUGAACAGGCUUCUCUGGACACGGCGCUUAUGGUUUCUCGUUAAAACAUCAGUAUCCUGACCAGCGCAUUUGCCCAAUGUGGCAAUUAUUCCGCCACCCGAGGAAUAUUCUCAUCCCCCGAUUCGCUGGUUGUGAAAGGGUUCGCACGCAUUAACUCAGAAUGACUACUACGAGAUUUAAAGAGCUGCUCGAAGCUAAAA